GGUUUUUCGAAAAGAGCACUUCGAGCGCGCGCGUCUCGAGAUAGACUACGGCUCAAUUCGAUUCCGACUCGUGCAUCCUCAAUCGAUCGAAUCCCUCGAACAGGUUGAAAAUUCCAUGGAGGAUCGGGGCUUGGAGGUAGAGAAAGCUCGGUUACUGAGCUUGGCUCUUGAAUUCGGCUUCGAUGAGCAGUCCGCCAGCAAGUGCUUGGUCCGUCUCGUUUCGCUCUACGGUGACGAAGGUCGAGACUUUAUCACUGUGGAGCACUGUGGCGAUGAAUUUCUUGCAGAACUUGCUGAGACUAUGCAAGAUACUGAGGAUUGGGAUGAUUUGCAAACUGCGGAAUCAGAAGCUUGUGGAGUUUUGGCUGACAUGUUUGGCCAAGGUAUCCCUAAUGACGGUGAAUGCAAUGUCGUGCACGAUGUUAACAUCAUAGAAGAUUCUCCACAACCUGAGAAAAAUCGAACUUUCCUUGAGGUGGAUUCCUCUACUGACAGUGAAGACGAAGAUGAUAUAGUUGGCACUAAAAUGGGCAGGAAAUCCACAUGCUAUAUUCCUGAUCAAAGCGGUACUAUGAGCAAUUCAUCCACUCAGCUUCUGGCGAGACGAUCUUUAGAGUCCAUGGACUGUAAGAGCACUGUCACUCAAGGUUCGAUAAAAUCAGUUUCAAAUAAAAGACAUUGCUCUCGGAUUCCAACAUGCAAACAAGGAACUCUGAGUUUUGAGGAAUUGCAAGGCUUGGAUGACAUAGAAUUGGCAAAUGUAGUAAUAUUCGGAAACAAGGCAUUUCGACCAAAUCAGCAUCAGGCUUGUAAAGCUUCUGUAGCCAAUCAAGAUUGCUUCGUUCUCAUGCCCACUGGAGGUGGUAAAAGUUUAUGUUACCAGCUGCCAGCAACUCUUAAACCAGGUGUCACAGUUGUUAUAUCACCCCUGCUAUCUCUCAUCCAGGAUCAAAUAAUUACCCUAACCCUCAAGUACGGAAUACCAUCAACUUUCUUGAACUCUCAGCAAACUGCUGCCCAAGCAGCGGCUGUCCUCCAAGAACUAAGGAAAGAUAAACCAUCAUGCAAGCUAUUGUAUGUAACUCCUGAAAGGAUUGUGGGAAACCCAUCAUUUCUCGAGAUAUUAAAAUGCUUGCAUAGAAAGGCACAACUAGCAGGUUUUGUUGUUGAUGAGGCACAUUGUGUGAGUCAAUGGGGACAUGAUUUUCGUCCAGAUUAUAGGGGACUGGGAUGUCUCAAGCAAAACUUUCCAUACGUCCCAGUGAUGGCCUUAACUGCAACUGCCACUCGGCCAGUUCGUGAGGAUAUCCUAAAGGCUCUCAAGAUCCCUCGUGCUCUUGUUCUUGAGACAAGCUUUGACAGACCAAACCUAAAGUAUGAGGUCAUAGCUAAGACCAAGGGACCACUGAAGCAGCUUGGAGAGCUGCUAAAGAAUCGUUUUGCUAAUUUUUGUGGCAUAUUAUAUUGCCUCUCGAAGAGUGAAUGUGUUGAUGUUGCAAAAUACUUGAAUGAUAAGUGCGGUAUAAAGACGGUGUACUAUCAUGCUGGAUUAGCAGCCCGUCAAAGAAUAGCUGUUCAAAAGAAAUGGCAUACUGGAGAGGUCCAGGUUGUAUGUGCUACCAUUGCUUUUGGGAUGGGAAUAGACAAACCUGAUGUUCGUUUUGUCAUCCACAACACAAUGUCCAAGUCAAUCGAAAGCUAUUACCAAGAAUCAGGGAGGGCAGGAAGAGAUAAUCUACCAGCAGCAUGCAUUGUUCUAUAUGCCAAGAAGGAUUUCAGCCGGGUCGUGUGCAUGUUAAGGAGUGGUCAAGGAUGUAAAACCAAUAUCUUUAAAGCUGCAAUGGCUCAAGCUAGGAAAAUGCAGCAAUACUGUGAACUCAAGGACGAGUGUCGGCGGCAAACCUUACUUGCACACUUUGACGAGUCUUUGGAUCGGAAACACUGCAAAUACGGUUCUAAUCCUUGUGACAAUUGUCUCAAAGCCUCUUUGUAAAGGUAAUCCUUUCAAGUGUCAAUUCUCUCGAUGGGCGACAGGGUACCGACCUACGCAUGAUCUUGAGCCGCACAUUUCUUCUGGUUCCAUCAUCCGCAAUUAUUGGAAGACCACAUGGGAAUGGAGGGGUGAAGGCCCUUAACUAAGGACACAGAAUACUUCAGUUGUGAUGGUCUUGUCAUCUCAUGUUUGUCUUUCCCUUUCAUCUGUAGUCAUGAUCCUUGUCUGGAAUUAGUUAUUUUCGUGAGGGGAAAGAAAAUUUGGCUCGAUACAUAAGCCAGAGAGACAUAUG